UGGAGAUGAUGAUCAAGGAAGUGGCUUGUGAGCAGGCAUCCAAAGAUCCCACUUCGCAGGUGGACAGCCAGGACUGUUUGUGUUUGAUCAAGCGGAAACUGAAAAAUGCUUCCAAAAUGAAAACCUAAAGCAUCAAACGCAUACCAGCUUGGAAAAAAUGUCCGACUUGGAUCUGCACGACAUGGUGAAUCGGGCCGUUGGGGUACCGGACGGAGUGAUAAACUGCAGCCGGUUGCAUCAGCUGUUGCAUCUGCUGGUGCGAACGACCAAUGAAAUACAGCAGGAACUGGUGGCGGCGGCGACGGAUGAUGAGUUCAAUCCGUUGGAAGACGGAUGCGGGUCGGAGUUGGACACACAGGGUUUCCGGGAACAGUGGCACGGUGUGACCGGAACGGUUGACGAGCACACGGAAAAGCUGCAGCUUUUCGAGACUGAGCUUCAAUUGUUGACAGAACGGCUGAAAAAGUGUUGCGAGACACUGACCGAACAGGACGCGCUGUCCGGUGAAGAGGGAUCCGAUCAUCAGCAAAAUGGUGGUGCAACGACAGAAGAUGGGUUAGCAAUUGACGAUGCCACCAGCAAACAAUCGAAGGAGCAAGCGGUGGAGUCGAUUUCAGAAAUUGAGGAACUGAUGCGAUCGGGACAGGAUCAUAUGGAGAACAAACUGAAACUGUUGGAAAAUCAGUUAGCCAAAAUGCAAAAAUUACUGGCAAGUGUUGGAUUAGUUUCGGUUGACGUUUCAGGUGCAGAUGAUGAAGGAGGUGAUCUGGAAGCCAUGGAAGCCGUUUUGCCAGGGAGGAAUCUGGCCGAUUUACAAAACACUCACGAUCUUGUGCUGGGCAUUUCCAAAGAACUCGAACAGUUGAAAGCACAAAUCGCCGAACUCAACGAACAGCGAAGCCAAAUGGAUGACGUAAUUAAGCAACUGCUUGAAGAAAAGGAUAAUCUGACAACCGAACUAACCAAACUCGCCGAAGGAAAAACCGAAAUGGAUAGCCUGGUGGACAAACUGGCUCAGAAAGUCGGUCUCUCCGGGGAUGGAAAACAACCACCGGAAUCGGCCGGGACGACACAUCGCAUGCUGACGGAUUUGAACUGUUUGGCUUGCGAAACGGAUGUGGUGCAACGUGAUCGGGAUGAUUCACGGCCGGCCGUGCGCGGAAAAUCUAGACCACGGAAAUCCAUUCGGAAAGCUCCCCGGGAAGGUUCGACCGUCCAGUCGACGCUGCCAACUCGCAUGAAACGGGCUGCUGGCGGUUCGCACACCAUCGUCAAACCCAUCGAGCGGGUGCUGCGUUCGACCAGCACGGACCUCUGCCGUUGUUCUACUUCAUCUAGUAGUCCUUGCGAAGAAAAACAUUGACAGUUCUGAUUUUGGAUGGCACAGCACAGUUCGAAGCUAAAUCUCGUUCUUCGGGAUGACCGAAUUUCACCGAAAAUCACACCCAAAUUUGGACAAAAGAAGAAGAAGAAGAAGAUGGUGAUGACGAAAAUGCAGCUACAACGGGAAAGAAAAUCCGACCGCCUAUGCGGUGGGCAACACACCGUUACCAAACCGGACGAGAGAGUUUUUCGCAACCAUCGGCAACUGUUGGAUCCCGUUUAUUUCAUUCCAAAGCAACUAAUGAGACGGCAAUAAAUUGAUUGUUUUCGAAAUUAACCAGUCCUAAAAA